AUGCGGCUAGCAGUUUUUCAUGUUUUCUUGCGCCUAACACUGGCCUUCGAAGAAAGUUCUAGCUGCGCGAAAGGCUGGGUUGCCGGAGAUGAAAAAUGCUACAGAGUGAUUCCCGGCCAGCCAAAGCCACUCAGGCAAGCAUGGUCGACUUGCUUGAAACUUGGCGGGAAUCUUUUCGCGCCGAAAAACAAAGUCGAAAUUCAAGAAAUAACGAGAAUGAUGCUCUUGGGAGACAACGACUUUGGACUGUCUUUUUACAAGGACCAUAUUUGGAUUGGAUACAGAUUGAAAGACUCCAGUGACAGAAGCUUCCCGCCAAAGUUGGAAACAAUUAUGCACCCGAGAAAGAGUGCUCCGAAUUAUUUCACGACUUUAGCUGCCAAGAGGGUUUAUUUUCCCGAAGUCGAAAUAAAAUUUAAAUCAGGGGCCAUCGCUCGUCGACAAGCAAAAUUCAUCAAAAUGGUUCGUGGAUCAUUCAAACUAGCAGCACCAACAGAACGGGGCUUCUCAGCUCGUGUUCUUUGCGAAGCCCCGAAAUCAAAGCGAAGUUGCGGAGACUCUCGUUUUUGCUAUCAGCCAAAUAGCAUUGUCUGUGACAAAAUCGAGUAUUCGGGAGAAACGGCUGUUUCGGAAAUGGGUUAUGAAUGCGCCGCAUGGAACGAUGAAAGUGUUCAUCCUCACAAAUUCACUUUGAAUCCAAAAAAUGAGUUUCUUCGCGACCAAGCUGACUGCGGAAGACAGCCGCUGAAAACGCUCGCCCAAAGAGUUGUCGGUGGAAGAAAAGCAGAACUCGGCGAAGUGCCAUGGCAAGCGCGGCUGAGAUACAAGCAAAAACAGCGCUUUGGAACAGCAAUUCGCGAUCAUCAAUGUGGAGCGACGAUCAUUUCGAGCUGCUGGAUCGUUACUGCUGCUCAUUGCAUUGUCUUUCCUGACUUCGCCCGGAACAGAAUGAGCGAGUCGCAAGCUGAGAAAGAAUGGCGCGAAGGAAUGAGAGUCGAUGUUGGAACCAGAUUUCAUCACUCAGACACAACUAUUGAUAGUUUUAAUGCAGACCAUGGAAUUCGAUCAGCAAAAUUCAAAGACGCGCUAAGUUUUCAAAGCUUCAGGAUUAAGAAGGUCAAGAAGCAUUCUGAAGAUGAAAAAUGCAUAAUUUUCGACGAUCUGACUCAACCAGCUUGCAUCAACAACAACGAGUACAAAUUUGGCAUCGAAGAUGAUUGCCAAGUAUCCGGCUGGGGCCAAACGAGCGCUGUUUGGCGAACCGACGGGGGAAGACUUCCGAAUCAUUUGAGAGUCGCGAGUGUUGCGGUGCAAGACUUCCAAGACUGCAAGUACAACUAUUCGAGAAUUAAAGUCAGUCUUCGAGAAAACAUGCACAUGUGUGCGGGUUCUCCGGGCGUCGACUCUUGUCAGGGUGACUCUGGUGGACCUCUUAUUUGCGUCAAACAUGGAAAUUGCAUCGGCAGCCACUGUAACAAGGAUGACGAGCGGGGUUAUUUGACCGGAGUUGUCAGCUUUGGAAAAGGUUGCGCCCAGAAAAACUACCCUGGUGUUUACGCUCACGCUGGAAAAUACUUUAAUUGGAUCAAAAAAGAAGUCGAAUUUGCCGGCGAAAAUAACUAUGAUAGUAAAUUUGUGUGUCAUAGUCCUGACUGCGUCUAG